AUGGAGAACUGCAACAAUGUUUCAAUUCCAGUCAUAUCAAACCUGAAGUUAACAGAUCAAGGAGAUGAGAAGAAGGUGGAUGCAACUCUAUACAUACAGAUUGUAGGGUCACUCAGAUAUAUUUACAACAGUAGACCCGAUAUUAGCUAUGGAGUUGGACUAGUGAGUAGAUUUAUGAAUGAACCAAGGCUAUCAGACAUGUCAACAGCCAAACAUAUUUUGAGAUAUUUGAAAGGAACAACAUAUUUUGGUCUCUUAUUUCCUAAAAAGACAAACAAUGUUGAAGGUGUUCUGGAGGUUUGGUGUGACUCUGAUUGGUGUGGUGAUAAGGUUGAUAGAAAGAGUACGUUCGACUAUCUUUUCAAGUACAUGGGAGCACCAAUCUCAUGGUGCUCUAAGAAGCAAAAUGUGGUGGCACUCUCAACCUGUGAAGCAUAA